AUGUGUGAUGCAAGUGACUACGCAGUUGGAGCAGUUUUGGGUCAGAGAAAGGAAAAGGUCUUGUAUGUCAUCUACUAUGCAAACCACUUGUCUAGAUUGAGGUACGAUGAUGGCACAGUGUCUACACCGAUCGAUGAUUCAUUUCCGGAUGAUCACUUUCUUGCACUUUCCAGUCAGUCACCAUGGUUCGCAGAUUAUGAAAACAACAUUGUAGGAGGGUUGUACAAGCGAUGUGUCCCAGAAUGGGAGAGGGCCGACACUAUUUCGAUGAGGUAUGAGAUGCCACAGAACGGGAUUCUUGAGGUCGAGGUUUUUGAUUGGGUGGAAGUCGUUUCCUCGCCUACUAACGAUGCUAAGACUGUCAUUUCUCUAUUCAAGAAAAUCAUUUUCCCUAGGUUCGAAGUUCCGCGAGCUUUGAUCAGUGAUGGAGGAUCACACUUUCAUGAGAAGCAUCCGGAUGCCUUCCUGCGCAAAUAUGGGGUCUUAUCAUCGCACAGGACUAGCCUACCACCCUCAGACGACUAG